AUGGUAUACUCAAGUCUACAUUCUCAGGUGAAGGUCGUUGUUUAUCAGUAUGGUGAAGAGAAAGCUUUUCUUACUUUAAUCUGUGAUCAAUGUUAUGGUAUACUCAAGUCUACAUUCUCAUUUGAAGGUCGUUGUUUAUCAGUGAAGGUCGUUGUUUAUCAGUAUGGUGAAGAGAAAGCUUUUCUAACUUUUAUCAGUUAUAAAUGUUAUGAUAUACUCAUGUCUACAUUGUCAGGUGAAGGUCGUUGUUUAUCAGUGAAGGUCGUUGUUUAUCAGUAUGGUGAAGAGAAAGCUUUUCUAACUUUUAUCAGUUAUAAAUGUUAUGAUAUACUCAUGUCUACAUUGUCAGGUGAAGGUCGUUGUUUAUCAGUGAAGGUCGUUGUUUAUCAGUAUGGUGAAGAGAAAGCUUUUCUAACUUUCAAUGGUACUGGUACAAACAUGAAAAACUGGUUCAGUCAGAAGAGGAUGCAAAACAGUUCAUAUUCUGAUCUAAAGUAUGCUAGUCAAGUCGAAGGAUACUCUUUUUCAAUUGAAGGAUUUACUAUUCCCAGUCGACGGUUCUAUGUGAAUAAAGAUUGGGACCCAAGCCAAACGUGUUCUGAUAAAGGUUGGUUGCUUGUUGCCGAAGGAAUCGGUGCAAACUGUCCUUUUGAACCUGUCAACACGUUUUCGAUACUGUAUAGUCCAGAAAGUACAUCAAUAACCAAUAGUGAUAUGUUUCAGAAUGGAUAUAGAGCAGAUAACUUGGCUAUUUUUGUCAAAUUCAAAGCAUCGACAUGUCAGCCUUUAAGAGAUUCGUCGGAGGCUUGUUCCACUCCGGUCCAGUUAGCAUAUACCACAUAUUGCUACAAGCUUUGUGAUAAGACUUUAACAAAGACAGAUCUUGAAGAAAAGGUGCAGAAGUUGGAGAAGGAAUUGUCUGUCAGUAGGAAAGAUACUAAUAAAUUCAAAAGGUCAUUAAUCAGUGCACCAGACACUAGAUUUUCAUCAAAGACUAUGGGUUUAGUUGGGGUAGUGUGCAUUGCGUUAGUUGUUGGAUUAAUUGUUACAGUAGACUGUAUAAACAUUUGCCAGAAAUGUUCAAAACCGAAUAAAGUGAAAGCAAAGGAGGACGACUGCAAAAACGACGGCGACAACAAGAACAAAACUGUAACCACAUGCUUAUGAAAUUGAUAUAAAUACUCACACACAAAAAUAGAAAUAAUACUUACUUGAAGUGUUUAAAUUAAUGGAUUAUUAUUGUUGGUGCCUAUAAUGAUUAAGGAACAAAAAUUUUCAGGAUUUUCAGAAAAAGUGUUUGAAUCUAAGUGAACCACAUAUUAACUGUUUAGAUUGUGUAAUUAUUCUCGGUUAACCUUAAAAUAUGCUCUUUAAGUAUAAUCCUCUUUUGUGUAAUUUUUACAAACUAAUUGUGUAUUAACCUUUUGAGGGA